GCGCGGCACGCUUGCGCAGUGUCUCGGUCUGGGCCCGAAGCCUCUGUGUUGAUGCUGCCGGAGUUUUCCGGCAAUUUUCUGUUUUCCCUCGGCUGGCAGCGGGAUUGAGGUUUCGGACACUGCUUGCUGCAUUCUCUCCCCCACCCUCGUGAAAUGAUACAGGAUGAAAGAUGAAGAAAGAGGAACAUUGGGGACUCUCUCACUAGACUGCAGGCUGACACCAAUGUCAUGGAAUUACCAGACGGCAGGAAUUCUGCAGAUCUGUCAGAACAUCUCUUUCAGAAGACUGUUUCACUUCCCUCAAGUGUUUGCAGCAGAUCUUGGAGGGCAGGAUGGGAAGCUUCCUGCAUGUAUCGGCAGACCCCAGGUCCCUGAAACAGGGUGGGACAGAAUCCAGGAGCUAUUUGUUCGCAAUGAGUUGAAAACUUAUCCGGAGGAAGUAACCAACAUCUGGAGGAGUGUCAUCGUAGCUGCAUGUGUUGGGAUGUUGUAUGGUGGAAUUCCUGCUGCAAGGCAUGCUAAAAUCCGUUACAUUGAGCAGAGUCAAGCUGAGUUAUACAAAAAUCGCAUGGAAGCUGUGAGGUCAGCACAAGAUGCUGCUGUCCGGGGCUUUGUUCGUUACGGGUGGCGAUGGAGCUGGCGAGUUGCUGUGUUUGUAGCAAUAUUCAACACAGUUAGCACAGGUCUGUCUGUGUAUCGUGAUCAAAAUCUUCUGAGGCACUACUCUGCAGCUGGAGCAAUCACAGGCGGACUGUUCCGAAUGAACCUUGGAUUGGGUGGAUUCUUAGCAGGCACAGCCAUUGGUGCUGUGAUGGGGGUUCCAGCUGGGGCAUUGAUCCUAGCAAUGCAGAAAGUUAGUGGAGAGACCCUCAGAGAACGUAAACGUAGAGAACGGCGAGAGAUUUAUGAACUUAAGUUGGAAGAAUGGGAAGCCAGACUGCAUGUGACAGAAGGUUUAAUUGAUGAAAUUGCCAGAAAAGAUUCAGUGGAAAAUGAUUUGGAGAAAUUGGAAGAGCUGUUGAAUCAGCCCAGAAAUCCAGAGUCUUCAGUUAAAGAGAAAAUCUGACUGAACAGGGAAAUUGAGAAGAAAUUUAUAUGAAUGAUACCAACUGUCGUAGACAUCUUGAGAAAAUAUUGUCUGAGCUAGCUAAUGAAAAUUACGUUCUUGAUGUUACUAAAGAACAGUCCAUCAAAGUAAAUUCCUGGAUUGAAUUGAUAAGCACUGGGAUACUUGGAAUUUGCUGUCUUGUAUAAUUAUGAACAUAUGUGACUACUUGUAUAUUGAAGAUGUCCAAUGGAUUUGUGUUUGUUAUAUUCUCUCUCACUGCAACAUUUUGAAGGCUUAGAAAAGUACUGUCUUUGAAAAUGAUAAAUCAGUUGAUCAAAGUUGCACCUUCGAUGUUGGAAUUGUUGUAAUGUGCUCUUGCUGAAUUGAAGAACAGAGUAAAAUCAUAACAAACCUCAUUCUUAUCUGAUUGCUCAGCAAAUUAACUUGGCUGCGAGUUCCCUAUCCCAAGAAAUUAGCUAACCAUUUCUCAUGGCCACGCAGAAUGACCAAGAUUAGAAUCCUGUUGCAUGGUCAUUCCUGGACAAGUUCAUUAAAGACUUGAUACCACCCAGCACUUGUCUUGUAUAUCAAUGACUGGAGUUUAGUUUUUGGUUUUGAUAUAUUUUUAAUAUAGGUUAAAAUCUUGACAUUACUUCCUGUCAAUGACUGACUGAAGAAAAGUUUGUACCGCACAUUAAAACAGUCUGUUGAAAAAGUGAGCAGUGCGAAUGAAGCACACGUGAAUUUGAGAACAUGAGUUUUGUAUUGAAAACACAUUCUGAUCUUCCAAAAUGUUGUCAUUGUGCUAGGAAAGAGUUAAUCUGAACUAAUAUGCAAAACCAAGUAAAUGAAAGACAAAUUCUGAUCACUGCUGACUGAUUUGUAGUUGCAAUAAAGUCUCUUAAAUUUGUGCUAUAUUGCAGCAGAGUUCUGCAAUGUAGCAGAUUUAGGAAUGAUUUUAAUUAUUAAA